UGGUGCACAUGAUCUUCCCUUCCGGAGCAGCAGGUGGCAGUAAUUCACCAUAAAUGCCAGCUACCGGAAAUGGGCAAGGAGGAGGAGGAAAAAUAACAACACAGGAGGUGCGCAUUGCGGGAGGAGAUCUGGUGGUAAACUUGUUCACGACUUAUUUUAACGUCAGUCCAGAGAUAUGUCACGACAGAUGGGAGACAGCCAUCGAAGGUUCCUGCAGACCAUGAUGGCCAAUGGCAUUGUUGAUGAACAAGGGGCAAAGACACUCUAUCAAUAUUGUUGUGAAACCCACAACACACAGCACGCCCCUGACAAACUGGAUGAUUUCAUCGAUACCAUCAACUCAAAGCUGCAGCCCAUGUUCAUGCAGAUUAGAAAAGGGAUGUCUGAAGACAACGGUCAGCAGUAUUACACCUUGGUCAACAUGGCCGAGACAGACGUCACCAGGAUGUCGUCAGAUUAUGCUGACAAUGAGCUGGAGCUGUUCGGGAAAACGAUGGACCUGAUCGUGGGCUCUGAGAACGGCAAAGCCUCCUCCACUGACAUUCUAAACAGCGCAGACACCCUGACCACCAAAAAGCUGAAGAAGAGCGAGACAGAGCACCUCUUGAACCGACUCGUGCAUGACAAAUGGCUGAAUGAGAAACGGGGUGAAUACACUUUGUCCACCAGAUGUAUCAUAGAGAUGGAGCCAUACAUCCGCACAAUGUAUCAGGACCAGGUCAAAGUGUGCCACAUCUGUCACAACAUCGCUUUCCAGUGCCAAAUUUGUGAGAAUCCUACAUGUGGCAUAAAAAUACACAACCCAUGUGUAGCCAGAUACUAUAAAGGAAGAGCAGAGCCGCGGUGUCCAGCUUGUGAUGACUUUUGGCCACAUGAAAUCCCUGAAGUCAGACGGCCCCACUCUCAGUCCAGAAAAUGAGAACUUCAGCAUCAAAUGUGUUUUGUGCUUGUUAAAACUAUUUAGUAUUUUUUAAUGUAACUUUGUAAUAAACCAAACUAUUAAUAUAAAUUUUUUAUAGUUUUUUUUACACAAAUAAAUGAGAAUGUGUUUUACUGAAA